AUGACUCUGGAAAUCGAAGCUCGAGACGUUAUUAAGAUUGUGCUCCAAUUUUGCAAAGAAAAUUCGUUGCACCAAACGUUUCAAACUUUACAAAACGAGUGUCAGGUUUCUCUGAACACUGUAGACAGCAUCGAAACGUUUGUUGCUGAUAUCAACAGUGGAAGGUGGGAUGCGAUAUUGCCUCAAGUGGCUCAACUUAAGCUCCCAAGGAAUAAAUUAGAGGAUUUGUAUGAGCAGAUUGUAUUAGAAAUGAUUGAACUACGAGAGUUGGACACUGCACGUGCUAUUUUGAGGCAAACACAGGCAAUGGGGGUCAUGAAGCAAGAGCAACCUGAAAGAUACUUGAGGCUUGAGCAUCUCCUUGUAAGAACUUAUUUUGAUCCAAAUGAGGCUUACCAGGACUCAACAAAAGAGAAACGGCGUGCACAGAUUGCCCAAGCCAUUGUUGCAGAAGUGAGUGUUGUGCCACCUUCACGUUUAAUGGCUUUGAUUGGUCAGGCUUUAAAAUGGCAGCAACAUCAAGGUUUGCUUCCUCCAGGAACACAGUUUGACUUAUUUAGAGGAACAGCUGCUAUGAAACAAGACAUAGAUGACAUGCAUCCAACAACCCUAUCACAUACAAUCAAAUUUGGGAAAAAAUGUCAUGCAGAAUGUGCUCGGUUCUCACCAGAUGGGCAGUUUCUUGUUUCUUCUUCUGUUGAUGGAUUUAUUGAGGUCUGGGAUUAUAUAAGCGGGAAGCUCAAGAAGGAUCUUCAAUACCAGGCUGAUGAAACUUUCAUGAUGCAUGAUGAUCCUGUCCUUUGUGUUGAUUUUAGCAGAGAUUCAGAGAUGAUUGCAUCAGGGUCACAAGAUGGAAAGAUUAAGGUUUGGCGCAUAAGGACAGGUCAAUGCUUGCGCCGUCUUGAACGAGCACACUCUCAAGGUGUGACAAGUCUUGUCUUCUCUCGUGAUGGAAGCCAGUUACUAAGUACAUCUUUUGAUAGUACUGCAAGAAUCCAUGGAUUGAAAUCUGGAAAGUUGCUGAAAGAAUUUCGUGGCCAUUCAUCUUAUGUGAAUGAUGCCAUUUUUACAGCGGAUGGAAGUCGUGUUAUUACUGCCUCCAGUGACUGCACCGUGAAGGUCUGGGAUGUAAAAACAACAGACUGCCUACAAACAUUUAAGCCACCACCUACUUUAAGGGGUGGUGAUGCAUCAGUGAAUUCAGUUCAUCUUUUCCCCAAAAACACAGAUCAUAUUAUUGUAUGCAAUAAGACAUCAUCAAUAUAUAUCAUGACACUUCAAGGACAGGUUGUGAAAAGCUUCUCAUCUGGUAAAAAGGAGGGUGGGGAUUUUGUUGCUGCCUGUGUCUCACCAAAAGGUGAAUGGAUAUACUGUGUAGGCGAGGACAGGAAUAUGUACUGCUUCAGCUACCAAACUGGAAAACUAGAGCAUCUAAUGACGGUCCACGAAAAGGAUGUAAUAGGUAUUACACAUCAUCCUCACAGGAAUCUUGUUGCUACAUAUGCUGAAGAUUGCACCAUGAAAUUAUGGAAGUCUUAAAUUCAAUCUCUGUUAUUUCGUUUCAUUUCGGUUGUUUUUUUUUUUAGAAAAUUUAGCUUUUGAUGUGUUAUGUAUGUUACCGGUUGUGUGGAGAGAACCAAAAAUGUUUCAUUGAUGGUUUCAGUAACUAACUAUUUAGAUACAAAUUAUAAUACACUUGCCCAUAGUUUUAUCCUCUGAACUUGUCAAUUUUAUAUGAUCUUUAGCUGGACAGCUGCUUUCUGAUGUUAAUGGCUUGAGCACCUGCAUAACUCAAUGUGGGAAAAUUUCACUUAC